AUGGAGGAAGCUGGGGGUGAGACGCCCAGGAGCCCUGAGCCGUCCUUCCUGGCGACCCUGGGUGACCCACAGGUCACCCUGGUGUCCGUCCACAAGCGGUGGUCCUUCAGGAGGAACGCUGGGGCCAGGGGCUCCACCAGGCCAGUGACUUCGGAGGAGGAAGGAGAGUUUUCCCAGAAGGUUUUGAAUGGAACACGGGGAAUCCGUUCCAAUCAGAUCCUGUCUAAACUUUCUCUGCCCGCUCGUGCCGGGGAGCCAGCAAUGAAGCAGAGUUUCGCCUUCGACAAUGUUGGCUAUGAAGGCGGCCUGGAUGGCGUGUGCCCCCCUCAGACGACCAGCAGCACCAUCAGCAUUUCGGGCAUGACUUGCCAGUCGUGUGUAAAGUCUAUCGAGGGCAGGAUUUCCAGCUUGAAAGGCAUCGUGAGCAUUAAGGUUUCCCUGGAACAAGGCAGCGCGACCGUGAAGUACGUGCCGUCCAUCCUGAGCCUGCCGCAGAUUUGCCGGCACAUUGAGGACAUGGGCUUUGAGGCCAGCAUCGCAGAAGGAAAGGCCGCCUCCUGGCCUUCAAGGUCCUCGCCUGGCCUGGAGGCCGUGGUCAAGCUCCGGGUGGAGGGCAUGACCUGCCAGUCCUGCGUCAGCUCCAUUGAAGGCAGGCUUGGGAAACUGCAAGGGGUAGUGAGGGUCCGAGUGUCCCUCGGCACCCAGGAAGCAGUCAUUACCUACCAGCCUUAUCUCAUCCAGCCCCAGGACCUCAGGGACCAUGUCAACGACAUGGGCUUUGAAGCUGUCAUCAAGAACAGAGUAGCGCCCAUAAGCCUGGGACCCAUUGAUAUUGGGCGGUUACAGAGGACCGACCCAAAGACACCUUCGGCUUCUGAUAACCAGAAUCUCAAUAACUCGGAGCCCUCGGGGCACCACGGGAGCCACGUGGUCACCCUGCAACUGAGAGUAGAUGGAAUGCACUGUAAGUCUUGUGUCCUGAAUAUUGAAGAAAACAUAGGCCCACUCCCUGGGGUUCAAAAUAUUCAAGUGUCCUUGGAGAACAGAACCGCCCAAGUACAGUACGACCCUUCUCGUAUCACUGCAGACGCCCUGCAGAGGGCCAUUGAAGCUCUUCCACCUGGGGACUUUAAAGUCUCUCUUCCUGAUGGAGCAGCAGGGGGUGGGGCAGGUAGCAGGUCUUCUGACCGUGCGGCCCCCGCCCCCACCCCCGCCCCCGCCCCGAGAACCCAGGAGCCGGGCGUGUGCAGUACGGUGGUGCUCGCCAUCGCUGGAAUGACCUGUGCGUCCUGUGUCCAGUCCAUUGAAGGCCUGGUCUCCCAGAGGGAAGGGGUGCAGCAAAUAUCAGUCUCUCUGGCUGACGGGACCGGAGUGGUGCUCUAUGAUCCCUCUGUAAUUAACCCAGAAGAACUCCGAGCUGCUGUUGAAGAAAUGGGAUUUGAGACUUCAGUCCUUUUUGAAAACUGUUACAGCAACCAUGUUGGAAACCACAGUGCAGGAAAUUCCUCAGCGCACCCCACAGCUGGCGUACCUGUGUCUGUGCAGGAAGAGGCUCCCCAUGCUGGGGGCCUCCCUAAAAACCACAGCCCUGGCUCCUCGUCCAAGUCCCCGCAAGCCUCUACCACAGCAGCACCUCAGAAGUGCUUUUUACAGAUCACAGGCAUGACCUGUGCAUCCUGUGUGUCCAACAUAGAGAGAAACCUGCAGAAAGAAGCAGGUAUUCUCUCAGUGCUGGUUGCCCUGAUGGCCGGGAAGGCAGAGGUUAAGUAUAACCCAGAAGUCAUCCAGCCGCUGGAGAUAGCUCGGCUCAUCCAGGACUUGGGCUUUGAGGCGGCGGUAAUGGAAGACUACACAGGCUCAGAUGGCGACCUCGAGCUGAUGAUCACGGGGAUGACCUGCGCAUCCUGUGUUCACAACAUAGAGUCCAAACUCACAAGGACAAACGGCAUCACCUACGCGUCUGUGGCCCUUGCCACCAGCAAAGCCCACGUGAAGUUCGAUCCUGAAAUUAUUGGUGCACGGGAUAUUGUCCGAAUUAUUGAGGAAAUCGGCUUUCAUGCUUCCCCGGCCCAGAGAAACCCCAACGCGCAUCACUUGGACCACAAGGUGGAAAUAAAGCAGUGGAAGAAGUCUUUUCUGUGCAGCCUGGUGUUCGGCAUCCCCGUCAUGGGUCUGAUGAUCUAUAUGUUGGUGCCCAGCAGCGAGCCCCACGAGUCUAUGGUCCUGGACCACAACAUCAUUCCAGGACUGUCCAUUCUAAAUCUCAUCUUCUUUAUCUUGUGUACCUUUGUCCAGCUCCUUGGCGGGUGGUACUUCUACGUCCAGGCCUACAGAUCUCUGAGGCACAGGGCGGCCAACAUGGAUGUGCUCAUUGUGCUGGCCACCAGCAUCGCCUACACCUACUCGCUCGUCAUCCUGGUGGUGGCUGUGGCCGAGAAGGCGGAGAGGAGCCCCGUGACCUUCUUCGACACCCCCCCCAUGCUCUUUGUGUUCAUUGCCCUGGGGCGGUGGCUGGAACACGUGGCAAAGAGCAAAACCUCAGAAGCCCUUGCCAAACUCAUGUCUCUCCAAGCCACGGAAGCCACUGUUGUGACCCUUGGCGAGGACAACUUGAUCAUCAGAGAGGAGCAGGUACCCAUGGAGCUGGUGCAGCGGGGUGAUAUCAUCAAAGUUGUCCCUGGGGGAAAGUUCCCAGUGGAUGGGAAAGUCCUGGAAGGCAACACCAUGGCCGACGAGUCCCUCAUCACAGGAGAAGCCAUGCCCGUCACGAAGAAACCUGGAAGCACAGUGAUUGCUGGGUCUAUAAAUGCACACGGCUCUGUGCUCGUUAAUGCCACCCAUGUGGGCAAUGACACCACGUUGGCUCAGAUUGUGAAAUUGGUGGAAGAGGCUCAGAUGUCAAAGGCACCCAUUCAGCAACUGGCUGACCGGUUUAGUGGAUAUUUUGUCCCAUUUAUCAUCAUCAUUUCAACGUUGACGUUGGUGGUAUGGAUUAUAAUCGGUUUUAUCGAUUUUGGUGUUGUUCAGAAAUACUUUCCUACCCCCAACAAGCAUAUCUCCCAGGCAGAGGUGAUCAUCCGGUUUGCGUUCCAGACAUCCAUCACGGUGCUGUGCAUUGCCUGCCCCUGCUCCCUGGGCUUGGCCACGCCCACGGCAGUCAUGGUGGGCACUGGGGUGGCCGCCCAGAAUGGCAUCCUCAUCAAAGGAGGCAAGCCUCUGGAGAUGGCCCACAAGAUAAAGACCGUGAUGUUUGACAAAACUGGCACCAUUACCCAUGGGGUCCCCAAAGUCAUGAGGGUCCUCCUGCUUGUGGAUGUGGCCACGAUGCCCCUCAGGAAGGUUCUUGCUGUGGUGGGGACUGCAGAGGCCAGCAGCGAGCACCCUUUGGGCAUGGCAGUCACCAAGUACUGUAAAGAGGAAUUGGGAACCGAGACCUUGGGAUACUGCACGGACUUCCAGGCAGUGCCGGGCUGUGGCAUCGGCUGCAAAGUCAGUAGCGUGGAGGGCAUCCUGGCCCACGGCGAGCGCCAGCAGAGCAAACAGGCUGCUCCCCUGAGCAGGACUGGCAGCGUUCCCGAGGCGAUAGAUGCGACCCCCCAGACCUUCUCUGUGCUGAUUGGGAACCGCGAAUGGAUGAGGCGCAACGGCCUAACCAUUUCCAGCGACAUCAGUGACGCGAUGACAGAUCAUGAGAUGAAAGGCCAGACGGCCAUCCUGGUGGCCAUUGACGGCGUGCUCUGCGCCAUGAUCGCCAUCGCGGAUGCAGUCAAGCAGGAGGCAGCCCUGGCCGUGCACACGCUGAAGAGCAUGGGUGUGGACGUGGUUCUGAUCACAGGGGACAACCGGAGGACAGCCAGAGCCAUCGCCACCCAGGUUGGCAUCAACAAGGUCUUUGCAGAGGUCCUGCCUUCUCACAAGGUGGCCAAGGUCCAGGAGCUCCAGAAUGAAGGGAAGAAGGUCGCCAUGGUGGGAGAUGGGGUCAAUGACUCACCGGCCUUGGCCCGGGCUGAUGUGGGCAUUGCCAUCGGGACAGGCACGGACGUCGCCAUUGAGGCUGCUGACGUUGUCCUCAUCAGAAACGAUUUGCUCGAUGUGGUGGCUAGCAUUCACCUGUCCAAGAGGACCGUCUGGAGAAUACGCCUCAAUCUGGUGCUGGCGUUGAUUUAUAACCUGAUCGGAAUACCCAUUGCCGCAGGGGUCUUCAUGCCCAUCGGCAUCGUGCUACAGCCGUGGAUGGGCUCGGCGGCCAUGGCGGCCUCCUCCGUGUCUGUGGUUCUCUCAUCGCUGCAGCUCAAGUGCUAUAAGAAGCCUGACCUGGAGAGGUAUGAGGCGCAGGCCCAGGGCCGCAUGAAGCCCCUGACGGCGUCGCAGGUGAGCGUGCACAUCGGCAUGGAUGACCGGCGACGGGACUCCCCGAGGGCCACGCCCUGGGACCAGGUCAGCUUCAUCAGCCAGGUGUCUCUGUCCUCCCUGAAGUCCGACAAGCUGUCUCGACACAGUGCUGCGGCUGAUGACGGUGGGGACAAGUGGUCUCUGCUCCUGAAUGACAGAGAUGAGGAGCAGUGCAUCUGAAAGCUCCAGGCGGGUGCAGAGCCAGGGGUCCGUCUCCUCAGUGAGUAGCCGGCCCGGCUUUCCCCGUGGCCGAGGCUCAGGCCAAACAGGUGCAGCACCAGCAGCAGGAUGGACGAAGCUCCCCUCCAGCCAUGGGGACUUCGACUCCCUGGACAUUCCUGGUCAUCCCUCCUAGCAUGUGCCACGUCCAGAUGUGGCUCCUGGGUAGGCCCCGCCCCCCACCCCCACCCCCCGUGCCUGGAUCCCACCAGCACAGGGGCCAGGCUUCCCGGGCUGACCGUGCUGUUGGCCUGGGCUUGUUGGGAACCUUGCUGGACUCUAGCAGAGGAGAGGACAGCCAGCCCUCCUCGCAGACCUCUGCUUUAGUGUUUGGAAUGACUGCUUGUAAAAUGAGGAAAAUCUCACCAGGACCAAAAACUUAGCUGGGCCUUUCCUUAGAACUCACGAGAAGCCUUGUGUUGGGUUCUUUUUGACAACACCCACAUGCGUUGCGUAUCUGAGACCACAGUUUACCUCAAAUACACCCCACUGACGUCUGCCGGCAUCGUCUCUUCCUUUUCUGUUCUUAACACUGGGGCCAGCCCACCCCAGCCCACCCCUGCCAGAUCUCUGACAGCAGGACCCUAGUGAUCCCUGCUGUUGCCCUCAGGCCUGCAUCUGCUCCCUCUCGCGCGGGCCAGAGAGCCCGCCUUGCUUCUCUUCAGGCUGAGGAGAGUUCUCUCCUGACUGUG